UUCAGUUUGUGGAAUAGCUUGCUGGCAUGUAUUCACUGUAGAAACAUUUCAGCCAAGAUGAUAAGGAGGCUAUGUCUUGCUUUGCAUGCAUAGCCUGCCACUAGCAGCUGAUAGGAAUUGGACUUCCCCAGCAGCCUGGAGAGCUUGUACACAGCAAUCUCGGUAGCAGGAAAUUUCAUAAGUGCAUGGCUGCCUCUAGUGAAAGCAUCGUUGGUCACAGCUGGCUAAAUGUCUCACUGCUAUAAGGAGAAAGGCGCAGACUAAAUACUAUGGAGGACAUGGAACUUUGAGCAAUAGCUUAAUGCGCAGCUUGGGAAGUAAGCUAACACUUCAUAUUCUACAGUGCUGGAUCAUUACUGAAAAUCUACUUCACAUCCACAUGGAUUUUAACGACAGAAGCAGCACUCAGACAUUGCACUUUCAUUUCUAAUUUACUUAAAAGGUAAAAGAUGGUGAGUAAGGAACCAAGCAAAUGUGAAUUCACAAGUACAGAGAAUGAAGCUGAACAAGCAGCUUCAGAGACAUUGGAAAUGAAAUAUGCACUGGAUCCAAACAGGCACAUUAGAAAAAGAAAUAAAGCUCUACAGGUGAGAUUUAAAGACAUCCGCGAGGCACAGAAUGAACAAGAGAAGAGACUUUCUGCAGCUCAGCAACUGGACAAAAAAACAAUGAAAGCCAUUGCUUAUAAGGCAGCUUAUCGCAAAUACAUGACAGUGCCUGCACGAAGGUCAAUUCCAAAUGUAACCAGAAGCACAGGUGUGCAGACAUCACCUGAUCUUAAAAAGCGGUAUCAGACAUUUCCUUUGGAAAGGAAGAAAGUGAACAUCAUUAAAAUUGCUCCAACUGUUGACACAUUCAGGAGACACAACAAUGAUUGGGCAAUUGAUGUUAAAGAUAAUAUCACCAAAGAGUCAGGAACCAACAGAACUAGCAGUACCACUGGAAACAAUCAAACAAACACAGAAAUCAACUCGCAUAACAUCAGCAAACUGAAUAAACAAGGUGAUAGCUGCAGUUUUGAUGAUCCUAGCAACAAGAGUCCAGGAACGCACAGUUACAAUGAAGAGCUCGCUCACGUUUUAAAUUUGACAGAGUCUAAACCAACUGGGCAAGAUUAUCAACUGUGUCAUAUGGCAAAAUACAGUAAUGCAUCAGAAAAUCAGAACUUUAAUCAAUCAGUGCAAAGUGAGCUGCAGCUAACAGAAUUCACCUCCUUCCACCUAACAGAAACCAAGUGUGAACUUAUGCAGCCUGAUUUAUCAAAUUCCUUGACACAAGACUCCUCACAAAAUGUGACAGCACAUGAAGUACUUGAGAGAACUUUGCAACCAGCCAGUCUGCAUUCUUUGCCAGUGAAUGGUCAAGUUUGUUCAGUACUAUCUCCACAAACUGAAGAGGAGCUGUCUGAAUCUACUGUAUCAAACAUUACAACCAGAGAUGAAAGUCAAUGUCAGUCUAAUCAGACAACAGUAUCUGUAGUGGAGUCAAAUCAGCAAAUCAUGCCUCUUACAGAAGUGGUGGACCUGAAAGCGCAGCUACAAAUAAUGGAAGAUCUGAUCAGUUCCAGUCAGGAAACCAUUAAGGUGUUACUUGGGGUUAUUCAAGAAUUAGAAAAAGGCGAAGCCCUCAGAGAAGGACUUUCGUAUCGAACAGGACAGGAUACAGCAAACUGUGAUACUUGUCGAAACAGUGCGUGUAUCAUUUACAGUGUUGAACUGGACUUCAAGCAACAAGAGGACAAGUUUCAACCUGUUAUGAAAAAACUACACCCUACUGAAGAAACUCAGGUUUCAACCCUGCCUUACUCACAAGAAUUCUAUUCAUCUGCCUGCCAAAAGCAAAAACCUAGCAAGACUGAAUCAAAAAAGCAUGGAAAAUGGAAACUGUGGUUUCUUUAACUAAACACUACUAAAGUUUCUAAAUGUCAAUUUCAUUCACUUUGACAAGUUUUGGAGUUGAGCUGAAUACUCAAUUACCAAGAAUUUUAAAUCAGCUGUCAGUCAUUAUAUGCACAGGUAGCAUUCAUGCAAAUAAUCCAUUUAGUAGAUUUUACUUUUCAUUCAUCACUAUCAUGCAGGGACAUGAGUAACACACUAAGUUAAAGGUCACAGACAGAGAAUUAAGUAAUAAGUUAAACAAAUGUAUUCAAACAUCGUUUGUACUAAUCUGCCAAAUAUCAUGAUUGGACCUGUUAAUUUCAACUGUUGUUUCAUUCAUUAGUAAUAAGAUAUAUUGAUGCCUUCAUCCAUUAAACAAUAUCACAACGAAAUAGAGCAAGUUGUACUUUUACGGGAUUUUUUAUUUUUAUAUGUUUAAUUCAAGAACUCUAAAUCAAGAGCAUGGAAUGAGUAUUUUGAAGCACAAUACAGACUAAUGUAGAAAAAGCACAAUUAUUCAAAUUGCCACAUCCAAUGGUAAAUGUCGGUGCUGCCUGUAAUAAGGUUUUAAUUUGGCAAGUGAUAAGCCUGUAAAUUUGCUUAUAAAAGCAUCACAUCGAACUUUCAUACUAUACAUUGCUUUCCAAAUCAGCAUUAUAUUCUGGAUUAUACCUAAAUGCACAAAUAGUGAUACACCUUUAAUCAUUUCCAAAUAAAAGCUGUGAGCACAGGGUUUAUUUUUCUCCAUUAGGGAAGUUUUAAUGAACUGGUACUUGAAAUUAGGUAAACUGGAAAUAUUGACCACAAAUGUCAAUAUUUUGGUUUUUCUUCAACAAGGGAGAAAUGAACUAUUACUGGCUACUACAAAAGUUUUUUUGCUUUAACCUGUGCAUAAUGUAAAGUACCCGAAAGGACGUUGUAUACAAAUGCAAAAGUUGAUGAUUUAAUGGCACAGGAUUGAGUUUUCUUUCUUUGCAUCGGAGAAGUAAAUGCUACAAAGAGACCUUUAUAAAAAAAAGUGAAUUAGCAUUUGUAAUACAAAUGUGUAUACAAAUUCAAUUUCACAUCAAAAUAGUUCUUCUCCUUGUGAAAGUUUGAAUAGUCAUGAAGUCAAAUAUUAAGUUAAAGUAACACAAC